UCACAACCGUCCAUCUUCCUUACCAUGAAGUGAGACUUCCUGUAAUAAUUAAGAUUGUCAUCCCUUUAGUAGGCGCUCUUAGAAAUGCUAAUAGGAUAUAUUUUUAAUUUCGUUGAUUUUUCUAAGAGAGGGAGGAGGUGGAGGGGGCCCAACUAUUAAUGUUACCAAUGGUUUGUUGGAAAGCUUUUACAGUUAAGAAGUGAUGAAGCAGUGAACCAAAAGAAUGAGUUACCAAUGGAGAAUUUAUGCAGCUAUUGCUUCCAAUCAGGAAAAUGAAAAGCUACAGAAGAUUCUUUGUUUCGGCUUGUCAAUGCUUUAUUGGCAUAAAUUGCAAAGGGCUACCAAAUGCCAGUGAGCCAGUGAAUCAAGACUGACAGAUAGUUCAAUGGAUUUCUACAGAGAGGCCAUCAUCAAGGUUUUGGUCUUCACAGAGGGAAUGGCAUCUUUGAAAGCUUAAUCUUACUCUGGGAGAAAUGGGAGCUGCAGUUGCUCGUUUUGACAAGUCUCAUUUUACAGAUUAUCCUCAUUGGUUUAGGCAAGAGAAGAAAGUACUCAGCUGGUAACAAAAUUGCAUUCGUGUUAUGGCUGGCCUAUUUAUCUGCGGACUCAAUAGCAAUCAUUUCCCUUGGCAUCCUCUCACGUAGCCAAGGCAAAUGCAGCGAUUCUUUGGUAGAUCUUGAGUACGUAAUAAUGGCCUUCUGGGCUCCAUUUUUGCUCCUUCACCUCGGUGGCCCUGAUACAAUUACUGCGUACUCACCGGAAGAUAAUGAAUUAUGGCUUCGGCACUUGCUCGGGCUAAUUGUCGAGGUUGCUGUGGCAAUAUACAUCUUUGUCAGGUCCAUGAAGCCUACUCAGCUCAAUUUCUUGGCCAUUCCGAUAUUGGUUGCAGGGUUGAUCAAAUACGGUGAAAGGACUUGGGUUCUCAGAUCAGCCAGCAGCAAGCAAUUCCGAAGAUCACUCCUUCCACGUCCUAACCCUGGCCCUAAAGUUGUGAAAUUUAUGGAGCAUCAUAUUUCAGAAAGACGCAAGGGGCACGAGGAGGAGGGUGUAAGUCGAGCAUCUUUUAGAUUAAAGCGUCAAAAUAGCCCCUUAAAUAAAGAGGGCGAUGCAUUGAUCGUUGCUGAUAAACUUUUCUUGAUCUCCAAGCACCUAUUCGCCGAUCUCAUCCUUAGCGUCAAGUCUCUCGAGCAGAGCAGAUCAUUCUUCCAAAGUAUUAGGUACGAAAUUGCUUUCAAAGUGAUUGAAAUGGAACUUGGAUUCAUGUUUGAUGUGCUCUUCACCAAAGCCACGAUCGUACAUCAUUUCUGGGGUGUCAUUCUCCGAUCGAUCAGCUUUUCAUCUACUGCUGCUGCUUUAACAGCCUUCUGCCUGAUUGAUUUGUCUGGCUACUCUUCUGCAAACGUGAUAAUCAGUCUAAUCUUGCUGGGCGGAGCUAUUGGUCUUGAGCUAUAUGCGAUUUUUGGGCUCCUUUCAUCCGACUGGACAAUGAUCUGGAUGAGCAGGCAUGACAAUUUACCAGCAGCAAUGAGGGGGUUGAUUUCUCGCGUUCAUUCUUUGUCUAUCAACAAAAGGUGGUCCAACUGUGUUGCGCAAUACAACAUGUUAUCCUCUUGCUUGGAGGAUCGGACGGUCAGGUGCUGUGGACUCCUAAAUUGGAUACACGAACAGCUAGAAGACUACCAAGACGAUCAGAUGGAGCCAGUUUCGGAUUAUUUAAAGGAGUCAGUCUUCGAACAGCUCUUGAAGAAGUCAUACGAAACUAAGAAGUCAGACGAAACUGAGGAUUUCAAACGUCGCAAGGAGUUAUGCUCUUAUAGAGGUGAAUGGGUGCUCGAAAAGUAUGAGGGCCUGGAGGAACUCAGAGAGAGCCUGAAGGAACUCAGAGAGAGCAUCGAAGUGGAGUUUGAUCAAAGCAUCAUCCUCUGGCACAUUGCAACUGAUAUCUGUCUCGAGCAUCGUGAUAGUAGUGACCAGGAUCCAGAUAUCGCGAGUGACUCACGACGUGAAGCAAUCAGAGUAAUAUCGAAUUACAUGUUGUUCUUAUUAAUGAAGCGUCCUUCCAUGUUGCCUGAUGGAAUCGGCCAAAUCAGGCUCCAAGACACCCGCGCCGAGGUCGAGGACUGGCUCCAAGAUAGGGAAGAUAAACUAAACAAGAGCCUCGCUUGCGAGAAACUGCUUGAGGUGGGUGCCCAUUACUAUGAGCCACCCCUCGAAGUAGGACCAGGUGGGAGCAAGUCCGUGCUGUUCGAUGCGUGCAGGCUCGCGGCGUCGCUGCAAUCACUGCAGAGGGGAAACCAAAACAAGUGGGAAGUGAUGAUCGAGGUGUGGGUAGAGAUGUUGUGCUACGCCGCGUGUCAUUGCCGGUGGGAUCAUCAUGCUCGGCAACUUGGAAGGGGAGGAGAGCUACUCACUCAUGUGUGGAUUCUCAUGACGCAUCUCGGCAUAUCUGACCGGUUUCAUCCCUCGGGGGUGGGGGAUGUGCGUUUACUUUAUUAGGCAUAGUGGGAAGGGGGUUGGUGCGGGGGCGUAAAUUUUAAAGAGGAUCCAAAAUAUGUUCGCCGAGGCUGAGGAAUUUGUCCAUGAAAGGGAAGAUAUAUACUAAACAAGAGCCUCGCCUGCAAGAAACUGCUUGAGGUGGAUACCCGAUUUUUGGCGAUCGACAUAAAAGGAGAUCGGAGCAAUUCUGUGCUGUUCGAUGCGUGCAGGCUCACGAAAUCGCUGCGAUCAAUGGAGACGGGAAAAUUCGACCGAAAAAAAUUGAGACAGCAAAUCAAAAGGCAAACCAAAAUAGCCGUUCGGUGUCCGAUUUGAUUUUCUUCCGUGUGCUUAUUUUGA